GAACGCAGGGAUCCGUCAACUUCCGGAUCUUGUUGCAAAGUGAGUGAGACUUCCUCCUUUACUAAAGCCGAAACGUGUAUCUUCUACUGAAAGUCCCAGAAUUCGCUUCACGUGACUGAAAUGGGUCGUCGCAAGUCCAAGAGAAAGCCCCCUCCCAAGAAGAAGUUGACAGGAGAUCUGGACUCCCAGUUCACGUGCCCAUUCUGCAAUCACGAAAAGUCAUGUGAUGUAAAAAUGGAACGAAGCAGAAACACAGGGAUAAUAUCAUGCACAGUUUGCUUGGAGGAAUUCCAGACACCAAUCACUUAUCUGUCAGAGCCUGUGGACGUCUACAGUGAUUGGAUAGACGCUUGUGAAGCAGCCAACCAGUAGCCUUCAUCAGGGCUGAAGUCCAAUCAGAAAGGGAAGCGACCGAGUGGAUAUGCCAUGGUCCGACUCCACUCAUCGGUGUGUCUUCAGCCCUAGCUCUGGACUCUCACCCCCAUAAUCCUUCACUCUAGAGGCAGAGGCUGGUGUAGGACUACCUGUACUCCGUAGUCCUAAUCAGACCGCUACGUCUACCUUAGCGUACGUUUAAUUUAUUCCAAACUGCUGCUGGGAAUGCUAGUCCUGUGGUAGUUGACUCAAUGCAAACACGCUGUUCACUUGUGUUAGAGUGUCAGAGUUUUAGGUCAUUCCAAGGGUUUGUGGGCUAUGGCAUCUGCAUAGGCCUAUGUUUGGCUGCUAAAAUGAACUGGAGCCAGGUCCUAACAGUAUACGCCUAUAGGCUUCCAUCCUUUAUAUCUUCACAAUAUACGCCUAUAGGCUUCCAUCCUUUAUAUCUUCAUCAGCGUAGUCUUUGUCAAAUGACUUCUAAAGUGUGCUCAGGACAGUGGGUCUUAGGGGUCAAGGACAAAGGGUUGAUAAACAUUUUAUAUACUUGAUUUAUUGACUGUUUGGGGUUAACAUGAAAUUUCCACAAACUAAGCAUGGGGGUAUUUUCAUGCUGUUUACCAUCAGUAUUGAAAUAUUUCACUCAUGCAUAUUCAAGUUUAUCAAUAUAUUUUUGGUGAAUAAAUGAUCUUGAAUUUACCAGUAUAAUAUUUUGAAUUAAAAGAGCAGUUGUUAUAUUGGAUAUAACAAAAAGCCAUUAGAUUCUUCUAGUAAUAAUAGCAAAUAAUUUGGAAUUGGUUGCCCUUUGUAAAUUUGUUUUUCUUCCAAAUGACAAAUAAAGUGAUGUAUUUAGUUAACCUA